AUGGGAGGGGUAGACGUUCUGCUGCUGCUGCUGGCUGGGGCAGGGCUAGGGGUGGCCUGGAGACCCCUGAAGGGAAAAUGCUCUCUUCGCUGUUCCUGUUCCAAAGACAGCGCUCUGUGUGAGGGCACCCCGGACCUUCCUGAGAGCUUCCCCCCGACCCUGCUAUCACUUUCUCUUGUUAGGACCGGAGUCACCAAGCUGAAGGCCGGUAGCUUCCUAAAGAUACCAUCAUUACAUCUGCUUCUGUUCACAUCCAACUCAUUCUCUGUGAUUGAAGACGAUGCCUUUGCAGGCCUGACCCAUCUACAGUACCUCUUCAUUGAGGACAACGAGAUUGGUUCCAUCUCUAAGAAUGCUUUCAGAGGACUUCGCUCGCUCACACACCUGAGCCUGGCCAAUAACCAUCUAGAGACCCUCCCCAGAUUCCUGUUCCGAGGUCUGGAGACCCUGACUCAUGUGGACCUCCGUGGGAACCCGUUCCAGUGUGACUGUCGUACCCUCUGGCUGCUGCAGUGGAUGGCCACCGUGAACGCCAGCGUGGGGACCGGGGCCUGCGCAGGCCCCGCCACCCUGACCCACCUGCAGCUCCGCCACCUCGACCCCAAGACGUUCAAGUGCAGAGCCAUAGAGCUGUCCUGGUUCCAGACUGUCGGGGAGUCUGCGCUGGGGGUGGAGACCUUCUUCUACCAGAGGGAACCCCACAUCGUCCUAGCCCAGCCUUUUGCGGGUCGCUGCCUGGUCCUUACUUGGGACUACAGUCUACAGCGCUUCCAACCCAAGGAGGAGCUGUCUGCGCCCUCGGUGGUGUCCUGCAAGCCGCUGGUGUUGGGUCUGCGCCUCUUUGUGCUGGCCGCCCGCCUGUGGGGAGGUUCGCAACUGUGGGUCCAGCCCAGCCCCGGCCUGCGCCUGGCCCUGACACAGGCACUGGCCCCGCGGCAGCUGUUGCGACCCAAUGAUGCUGAACUGCUCUGGCUGGAUGGGCAGCCCUGCUUCGUGGUGGCCGAUGCCUCCAAGGCGGGCACCACCACGCUGCUGUGCCGUGAGGGGUCCGGCUUUUACCCGCGUCAGAGCCUGCACGCCUGGCAUCGGGACACAGACGCCGAGGCCCUGGAGCUGGAUGGACGGCCCCACCUGCUGCUGGCCUCCAUGUCACAAAGGCCUGUGCUUUUCCAUUGGGUGGGCGGCCGCUUUGAGAGGCGCACGGAUAUCCCUGAGGCCGAGGACGUCUAUGCUACACGCCACUUCCAGGCUGGCGGGGAUGUGUUCCUGUGCCUGACGCGUUACAUUGGGGACUCCAUGGUCAUGCGCUGGGACGGCUCCAUAUUUCGCCUGCUUCAACAGCUACCUUCACGUGGCGCCCAUGUCUUCCAACCUCUGCGGAUCGCCAGGGACCAGCUGGCUAUUUUGGGCAGCGACUUUGCCUUCACUCACGUCUUCCUUCUCGAGCCCGACAAAAGGCUUCUGGAGCCACUGCAGGAGCUGGGACCCCCAGCCUUGGUGGCCCCCCGAGCCUUUGCCCACGUCGCAAUGGUUGGCAAACACUUUCUCUUCGCUGCCUGCUUCAAGGGCCCCACGCAGAUCUACCAGAUUCGUGAGUUAGACCUCAGUGCCUAA